GCGGGCACCCGGCGGUUCAGGUCGCUUCGGGAGCGGUGGGUGGAGUGGGGCACGGCGGGCGCUGCCGGGGAUGAGUGGUUGAGGGGCGUGAUGGGGGAGGCCGCCGUGGCCGCAGGGCCUUGCCCGCUGCGCGAGGAUAGCUUCACGCGCUUCUCGUCGCAGAGCAAUGUGUACGGGCUGGCGGGCGGCGCCGGCGGGCGCGGGGAGCUGCUGGCCGCCACCCUUAAAGGCAAGGUGCUGGGCUUCCGCUACCAAGACCUCCGACAGAAAAUCCGGCCGGUGGCCAAGGAGCUGCAGUUCAACUACAUUCCCGUGGACGCGGAGAUUGUCUCCAUUGACACCUUCAACAAGUCACCCCCAAAGCGGGGCCUCGUGGUGGGGAUCACGUUCAUCAAGGAUUCAGGGGACAAGGGCAGCCCCUUCCUUAACAUUUACUGCGACUACGAGCCAGGCUCUGAGUACAACCUUGACUCCAUUGCCCAGAGCUGCCUGAACCUGGAGCUGCAGUUCACGCCUUUCCAGCUGUGCCAUGCAGAGGUCCAGGUUGGGAAUCAACUGGAGACAGUGUUUCUCCUGAGUGGGAAUGACCCAGCCAUUCAUCUGUACAAGGAGAACGAGGGGCUCCAUCAGUUUGAAGAACAGCCAGUGGAAAACCUCUUCCCAGAGCUCACGAACCUGACCAGUAGCGUCCUCUGGCUUGACGUCCACAACCUCCCUGGCACAUCCCGGCGACUCUCCGCCCUCGGCUGUCAGAAUGGUUAUGUCCGAGUUGCCCACGUGGACCAGCGAAGCCAAGAGGUCCUGCAGACAUGGACAAUCCUGCAGGACGGCCCCAUCUCCCGAGUGAUCGUGUUCAGCCUCUCGGCCCCCGAGGAGACCAAGGACCCACCACAGCGGGAGGAUUACAGCGUGCUCGUGGCCAGCAUGUUGGAGCCAGCAGUGGUGUAUCGGGACCUGCUGAGCCGGGGCCUCGAGGACCAGCUUCUCCUGCCUGGCAGCGACCAGUUUGACAGCGUCCUCUGUGGCCUGGUCACCGAUGUGGAUCUGGAUGGGCAGCCCGAAGUCCUGGUGGCCACUUACGGGCAGGAACUGCUCUGUUACAAGUACUUCAGCCCAGAGUCGGGGCUCCCCGAGGCCGAGCGUGGAUUCCGCCUGCUGUGGCAACGAGGCUUCUCCAGCCCAUUGCUGGCCAUGGCGCACGUGGACCUGACCGGGGAUGGGCUCAGGGAGCUCGCCGUGGUCUCCCUGAAGGGCGUUCACAUCCUGCAGCACAGCCUGGUCCAGGCGUCGGAGCUGGUCCUGACCCGGCUUCGGCAUCAAGUGCAGCAGAGGAAACAUCAGUCACAGAGGCCUGGGGACAGGGCGGGUCCCUGGCCUGCUGAGACCCCAGCCUCCUGAGCUCCCACCCGCUGCCCACCCCAGGCCCAGGGGCAGUUCACUGGAGUAAUCGCCUCUAGCCAUCAUGGUGGGGAAGCCUCCUGAAGGGAGGCAAUGGUCUCCCCAGGCCCACCAGGAUGGUGGAGCUGGGAGCCCCUGCUCUGGCUGCCCCAUUGUGCCCUGCAGCCCUGGCUGGCGUACUCCUGUCUCUGUACUUCAGUGUCCCCGUUUGAAAACGGGAUGAUCUUACCCGACCCCCGCCCCUUCCACCCCCUAUGAGAAUUGGUCAGCCAAUGAUUAUUUAUAUGUCCAGAGGAAGCGGACUUUGAGUUGUCUUCAUUCUUUUGUUCUGGCAAGUGUUUGACACCUGCUUUGUGCCAGGCUAGGUGUUGGGUGCUGGAUUCGCCCAGAAGAAUGGAGGGAGGGGCAUAUGGAGAGAGAAAAUCCAAGGUCAGACCUAGAAGCAGAACUGAGCUGAGAUCAUAGUGUGGACCUCAGAGGACAGAAAUGAGGUUAGAAAUGAGGACCUGGCAUAAAGGCUGAAGUGAACCCAAUGUGGAAGAGAUUGUAGAAGCCAAGGAAAAGGACUGAGGUUAGACCCCAGUGGGACACUCUAGAUCUGAGGCUAGACCCCAGGGGGGCGCCCUGGAUCUGAGGCUAGACCCCAGGGGGGGGUGCUCUGCAUCUGAGAUUAGACUCCAGUGGGGAAAAUACAGAAAUUAAGCCUGAAAGGAAAGGAUACAGGUGGGAAGGACUACUGUGG